AUGAGUGACCUUUGGUCCAUGAUUUGCGGUGACUCUGGUUGUUCUGAUAAUGGAGGAAAUCAUUGUUAUGAUGUAAAACUCUUGAAAGAUCCUUCUUCAUGCAUCAACCAUGUGUUUGUAAGUUGCUUUGACCUCUUCCUGCUGAUCACUUUGUCAUUCAUCAUGAUCCUGAAGUCUUCCUUGAACCCCUUUCGGAGUCAAGUAAGAUAUUCAAACUUGCAGAUUGUUUCAGCCAUAACCAAUGGCUCUCUUGGGCUUUUGCAUUUAUGCUUAGGAAUUUGGAUUUUAAGGGAGAAGUUAAUGCAAACCGACAGUGCAUUUCCUCUUAACGAGUGGUUGCUAGAACUCUUUCAUGGACUCACAUGGUUAUCAGUAAGUUUAACUGUAAGCCUUCAGGUAAAACAACUCUCAAGAGUAUGGUUGUGGAUGUUUUCUGUUCUCACAUUCUUUGUUGCUGGUAUAUUAUGUGCGUUAUUUGUGUUUGAUUCAAUUGACAGCGGGGAACUGUCUCUUGAGGCAGCUUUAGAUGUUCUAUCUUUUCCAGGAGCAGCAUUACUGUUGUUAUGCACAUACACAUACAAAGCAUGUGAAGGUGAAGAUGCUGACAGAGAAAUAGGUGAAAGUCUUUAUGCUCCUCUUAAUGACCAACUCAAUGAAGAUGAGCCUGUAAGCACUGUAACCCCAUUUUCAGAAGCUGGACUCUUUAGCAAUUUAUCAUUUUGGUGGUUGAAUCCUUUGAUGAAAAGGGGUCGAGAGAAAACACUUCUAGAUGAGGAUAUCCCAAAGUUAAGAGAGUUGGACCGAUCAGAAAGUUGUUAUUCAUCGUUUGUUGAAAGGUUAAACAAACAAAAACAACAAGAACCGUCACCACAUUCGUCAGUUUUAUGGACAAUAAUUUUGUGCCACAAGAGCGAGAUUUGGAUCACAGGAUUCUUGGCUUUUCUCAAGGUACUCACUCUGUCUUCUGGUCCUCUGCUUCUGAAUGAAUUUAUAUUGGUUGCAGAAGGUAAUAAAAGUUUUAAAUAUGAAGGCUAUGUAUUGGUCAUAUCAAUCUUCUUCAUAAAGAUCAUAGAAUCCAUAUCACAAAGACAAUGGUAUUUCCGCAGUAGACUAGUUGGAGUGAAAGUUAGAUCACUACUUACUGCAGCCAUUUAUAAGAAAAUUUUAAGGCUAUCCAAUUCUGCUAGACAGAUCCAUUCUGGAGGUGAGAUAAUGAAUUAUAUGACAGUGGAUGCUUAUAGAAUUGGAGAGUUUCCAUUCUGGUUUCACCAGACUUGGACAACAAUCCUCCAGUUAAGUAUUGGUUUAGUAAUUCUUUUCCGCACAAUUGGACUAGCAACGCUAGCAUCACUGGCAGUGAUAUUUCUCACUGUGAUUUGCAACGGUCCAAUAGCGAAGUUACAACACAAGUUUCAAAACAAACUUAUGGUAGUACAAGAUAAGAGAUUAAAGGCUAGUUCUGAGGCUCUCGUGAAUAUGAAAGUCCUGAAGCUAUAUGCAUGGGAAACACAUUUUAAAAAUGUUGUAGAUUCCUUGAGAAAUGCGGAACUUAAAUUGUUAUCUGCAGUGCAAUUAAGAAGAGCAUACAAUAUAUUUUUCCUUUGGACCUCAUUAAUAUUGGCAUCUGCUGCUUCUUUUUUCGCAUGUUACUUCUUGAAUGUUCCUUUGAAUGCAAGUAACGUUUUCACUUUUGUGGCAACUUUGCGCCUUGUUCAAGAACCAAUUCAAACCAUCUCGGAUAUUAUUGCAGCGAUCAUUCAGGCAAAAGUUGCAUUUGCUCGGAUCAUUAAUUUCCUUGAUGCACCAGAACUGCAGAGUGAAAACUUCAAGAAAAGGUGCUUCAAUGAGAACCUCAGAGACUCAAUUUCAAUAAAAUGUGCAGACUUUUCAUGGGAAGAUGAUGCAUUCAAGCCAACACUAAGGGACAUAAACUUGGAGGUUGUACAUGGACAAAAGGUGGCUAUUUGUGGAGAAGUUGGUUCAGGCAAAUCAACCCUCUUGGCAACAAUUCUUGGAGAAGUUUCUAAAAAAAAAGGAACUAUUGAUGUUCAUGGGAAGUUUGCAUAUGUUUCUCAAACAGCAUGGAUACAAACAGGCACGGUACGGGAAAAUAUUUUAUUUGGAUCUGAGUUGGAUGAUCAAAGGUACCAAGAAACACUUCAGAGGUCUUCACUGGUAAAGGAUCUUGAGUUGUUUCCCUAUGGGGACCUCACUGAAAUAGGCGAGAGAGGAGUAAAUUUAAGUGGAGGACAAAAGCAACGAAUUCAACUUGCUCGUGCUCUUUAUCAGAAUGCUGAUAUAUAUCUAUUGGAUGAUCCGUUUAGCGCUGUUGAUGCACAUACUGCAAAAAAUUUGUUUAAUGACUACAUCAUGGAAGGACUCAAAGGGAAAACAGUCUUACUCGUGACACAUCAAGUCGAUUUCCUCCCAGCAUUUGAUUCUAUUUUGUUAAUGUCUAAUGGGGCAAUCCAACAAGCUGGUCCAUAUCACCAGUUAUUGACCUCAAGCAAAGAAUUCAAUGACCUUGUCAAUGCUCACAAAGAGACUGCUGGUUCUGACCAACUUGUGAGUGUUACUUUUUCCCAAAGACAUUCAACUUCCGUAAAGAGUGUGCAAGCUUCCGCGUUAAAGCAGUAUAAAGCACCAAAUGGAAAUCAAUUAAUUCAACAAGAAGAGAGAGGGGAAGGAGACAUGGGAUUGAAGCCUUACUUACAAUAUCUGAAUCGGAUGAAAGGCUAUAUAUUAUUCUCUAUUACUUCCCUUUGCUUCCUUAUUUUUAUGGUUUGUCAAAUAUUGCAAAACUCAUGGAUGGCUGCCAAUGUUGAAAAUCCUCUUGUCAGCACAUUGCAACUGGUUUUAGUUUAUUUCCUAAUCGGUGCUUUUUCAUCAGUUUUCAUGUUAAUCAGAUGUCAACUUGUAGUUACUUUGGGUCUUCAAUCAUCAAAAGAUUUAUUUUCACAGUUGAUGAACUCCCUCUUCCGCGCACCCAUGUCAUUUUAUGACUCUACACCAUUGGGAAGGGUACUUAGUAGGGUUACAUCUGAUAUGAGUAUUGUGGAUCUUGACAUUCCAUUUAGCCUCAGUUUUGCUGUCAUUGGCACUAUAUCUCUUUAUUCUAAUCUUAUAGUUUUGGCGGUUGUCACGUGGCAAGUCUUGAUAGUGGCUAUACCAAUGGUUUAUAUUGCUAUUCACAUGCAGAGAUACUACUUUGCAUCAGCAAAAGAAGUAAUGCGGUUGAAUGGCACAACAAAAUCCUCUUUAGCAAAUCAUGUAGCCGAAACUGUGGCUGGAGCCGCAACAAUAAGGGCUUUUGAGGAGGAAGAUCGUUCUUUUGAGAAGAACCUUGAUCUAAUUGAUAAUAAUGCUAGUGCUUUUUUUCAUAGUUUUGCCUCAAACGAGUGGUUGAUCCAACGGUUAGAAACAAUCAGUGCGGUUGUUCUUGCUGCUACAACACUUUGCCUAGUUAUGCUGCCCCCUGGAACUUUCCCCUCAGGAAUUAUUGGAAUGGCUCUAUCUUAUGGCCUAUCACUAAACAGUGCUUUAGUAUUUGCAAUUCAAAGUCAAUGCAUUCUUGCUAAUCACAUAAUAUCAGUAGAGAGGCUAAAUCAAUAUAUGCAUAUACAAAGUGAGGCCGAAGAAAUAGUAAAAGAAAAUCGCCCUCCUUUGAAUUGGCCAGCUUCGGGCACAAUAGAAAUAAAUGACUUGAAGAUACGAUACAGACAUGGCGGACCACUUGUUCUUAAUGGGAUCACAUGCACAUUUAAAGCCGGUCACAAGAUUGGUAUUGUUGGCAGAACAGGCAGUGGGAAGUCCACUCUUAUUGGGGCUUUAUUUCGUCUUGUGGAACCAGCGGAAGGAAAAAUUGUAGUUGAUGGCAUAGACAUCUCAUCUAUUGGCCUUCAUGAUUUGAGGUCACGAUUUGGGAUUAUACCUCAGGAUCCUACCCUUUUUAAUGGGACAGUAAGAUUUAACUUGGAUCUUUUAUCUCAACACACGGAUCAAGAGAUAUGGGAGGUUCUUGGGAAGUGUCAAUUGCGAGAAGUCAUCCAAGGGAAAAAAGAAGGCUUAAACUCUUCAGUUGCUGAAGAUGGAUCAAAUUGGAGUAUGGGACAAAGGCAGUUAUUCUGUUUGGGGCGUGCUCUUUUGAGGAGAAGUAGGAUAUUAGUAUUGGACGAAGCAACUGCAUCAACUGCAUCAAUUGAUAAUUCCACGAGUUUGCUGAUGGAAAAUUGGCGGAGUAUGAUGAGCCAAUGAGCUUGAUGAAGAGAGAAGAAUCGAUGUUCAGGCAGCUUGUUAAGGAAUACUGGUCUCAUUUUCAGUCUGCAGAAUCGCAUUGAUGCUACCAAUAUAGUUUCUCUCUCACUCUCAUUUUUUUCUUUUGUACGAGCAAUAAAUUUUAAAAGUGGGCAGAAUAUGAAUUGUGUUCUGUUAGGAUGAAAUGAAACGCGAGGCCAAUGAGAUUGCAGCGAAAAUCAAAUUAGACCUAUGAAUAAGAAUCUGUGAGUUUAUGGAAGAGGAGAUAAACAAGUUGGACGAAAGAGUGAAGGAGUUGGUCCUUCCUCAAGAGUUUCUGUCAUCUUUUCUUUUUUGUUUUUUCUUCUUCGUUUUACAUGUUGUAAGAAGCAGUGCUCCCGUCAUAACUUCAUUCCUAUAUUUAUAUUUUUUCAGAUGAAUAUUGUAAGUUUGUGACAAGGUCGCUUCAUCUAAUAUAGAUUGGAUUUCAGUGUCAAUGUUACUUUCGCAUUUCCA